AUGUGCAUCGCAGAGCAGCGAGUUACAUACAACUACACCACCAACAGCUGUUUCUGCAAAUACAUCUCUGGUCUCGAACCAACCUUGAUCCAAGAUCGCGCCGCAGAAGCAAACCCCGCCACUUCCCCAUUGCCAAAGCCUACAAAAGCAAUACUCCCGAUUGCUUGUCUAAAUACCAUGUGUAUUUCCGAGCAACACGUUGUGUUCGAUAAAGCUACUGGGAAGUGCAAAUGCGAGUGGAUUCCUGGCUUUGGACCGCCAGCUCCCAUUAACCCCAAGCCAACAUCUUCUCCCACUUCACCUGGAUCCAUCAAGCCAACACCAAUCAAGCCCAGCUGCCCAGAUACCUACUGCAUCUCAGAACAACGUCCAACAUACAACAUUACUACAGGAAAAUGUACCUGCGAAUGGAUACCGGGCCUCAAACCCGGCGUGCCCGCAACUCUCCUCGUAGCACGUGCCACACCAUCACGAUAUCCAUCACCCAGUUGUUCAGGUUCAGGCAUCAUGUGCAUCUCCGAGAUGCACCCCGUGUACAACGAGACAGCAGGUCGAUGCGAGUGUGAAUGGAUUGACAUCUUCCAGCCCCCAAACCUCAGUUGGCCUUCGUCUGUUCCGAGUGUACCGACAACUCCAUUGGCAACUUCGUUGCCAACACCAACGACAUUCACGCCGAUAAGUCCUCGCCCGACACUUCCUCCCAUUGGACCGAGUUGCUUGAAACCUGGGUACUUCUGCGUACCGGAGAUGCAGCCUGUGUAUAAUGCUACGAGUGGGCAGUGCGAGUGUCAGUGGAUUCCGGGGUUGGGUUCAGUUGCGGUUAAGGCUUAA